CAUUUCAAUGCACAACUAACAGAGGGAUUUUGUUACGAGGGCUGUUGCCUCACAACACCACACCGCGCCACUUAUUCUGGAGGACGUGUAACUAUUUCAUGACCGCGUCUGAACUCACUUCAAAAAAACCUAAGUCCCGCAUUUCAGAGCGCGUACACAGCCUGUGGUUUGCCAUUCCCACAAUGACUGGAACUGGAAUACCGUUCUGCAAUGGUCUCUGUAAAGGUAAUGAGUUCCGUACAAGGACAUUGUGAAUCUGAGGGAUCCGAGCCAUGGAACCGUCCUCUCCCCCAAACCUGUCCGAGCCCCUUAUGUAUGAAAGCUUUAUGCUGAGCAAUGACUCAGAUGAGGUGACAAAGAAUGACACAAAUCACAGCUUCACCAAGACUGGCACAGUGGUUAUCACCUUCAUCUACUUUGUGGUUUGCGCCGUGGGACUCAGCGGUAACACUCUGGUAAUCUACGUCAUCUUGCGCUAUGCCAAGAUGAAGACCGUCACCAACAUCUACAUCCUCAAUCUGGCCAUAGCUGAUGUGCUCUUCAUGCUGAGCCUGCCCUUCAUUGCCAUCCAGCUAGCACUGGUCCACUGGCCUUUUGGUGCACCACUGUGUCGCAUAGUCAUGACCGUAGACUCCCUCAAUCAGUUCACCAGCAUUUUCUGCCUGAUGGUGAUGAGCAUUGAUCGUUAUUUGGCUGUGGUUCAUCCCAUCAAGUCCACCAAGUGGAGGAAGCCAUGGGUAGCCAAGGCCAUCAACUUGGCAGUGUGGGGGAUCUCCUUUCUGGUCAACAUGCCCAUUGUCAUCUACAGCGGAUUGAUGACCAUGACAGGUGGCUGCUUCUGCACCAUUGUCUGGCCCGAACCCCAGGAGGCCUACUACACUGCCUUCAUGUUCUAUACCUUCUUCUUGGGAUUCUUCCUGCCGCUGAUGGUCAUUUGCCUGUGCUACCUGCUCAUCAUCAUCAAGGUGAAGUCUUCAGGGAUUCGGGUGGGCUCCUCCAAGAGGAAGCGCUCAGAGAGGAAGGUAACACGUAUGGUGUCCAUUGUGGUGGCCGUCUUCGUGUUCUGCUGGCUGCCGUUUUACGUCUUCAACGUGACUUCAGUGACGGGCACCAUCAGCAGCACACCUAUCCUGAGAAGCACCUUUGCCUUUGUGGUUGUGCUGGGAUAUGCCAACAGCUGUGCGAACCCCAUCCUAUAUGCCUUCUUGUCAGAGAACUUUAAGAAGAGUUUCCAGAAUGUUCUGUGUCUGAAAAAGGUAGGUGGUCUGGAUGAGAUUGAACGCAGUGACAGCAGGCAGGACAAGUCCCGAAUGAUGAAUGAUCCCACCGAGACUCAGAGCACACUGCUGAACGGGGACCUGCAGACUAGCAUUUGAAAGGGAAGCUAAACCCUGCUGAACCUCUGGACACGCAGUCAUACCGUCAUCACAAGUCAUCACUAGAAAAAUUGAGAGGGAGGAACACUGCUGAAUCGUGAUAAUCAAGUGCUAUUUAAGAGGCAUUUUAGUGAGUUAUUUAGUUUCUCUCAUUUCCAGUUGGAGGCAUCACUUACUUUUUUGUCCAUUCGUAGGUGACCAUGAAUUACUUCUAUAAAAAUAUGUAAAGGAAGACCCACCACUCUUUUUUUUUAUUAUUUGCUAAUCUUUCAAGAACAUUUGUCUUAUCUUCAUUUUCUGAUCUUUUAUAACAUUAAACCAUAGUUCUAUUAAUAUUUCAGACUACUGAAUUCAGAAGAGCCUUUGUACCUUAAAGUAUGUUGAUGAAGUCACUUCAAAUGGGAUAGCAUGAGGACGAGGAAGACGACAGCAGACUCGCACUGCAUCCAACCAUAUAUGGGCUGUUAUAUUACCCUAGGAGAACAGUCUGAUUACAGGAAGACCCAAAUAUGGAACAUGUUCAGAAAUCCUACUCACAACCUUAACUUUGCCCCACUCAUCUAUUUAUCCAAUUUGAUGGGUGAAUCUGUAUUUAUCUCAAUUCAAAACACUGGAGGAACUGCAAAUCUUUUUCACUGAGAGCUCUUGACGUAUUAUUGAAAGUAGUCAGACAUUUGGACUACUGGAAAAUUCAUGUGUCUCAAAAGUAUGGCAUUACCUGUAAAUGUCUACAUGACUGCAUCUUUCUGCCAGAAUGUACAGCUUUGUAUUUUAACUUUUCCUGUUCAAGAAAUUAUUACCAAACUAUGAUGUAGAGAAGUAGGCACUGUUUGUUAAAACCUGCAAUUAUGUUGUUUGCAAUUAUGUGAAAUGUUUUUCUCUUAUCCUUAUGUAGCCUGCCUAGAGUAUUUAAUGGUAUAUCUUCUGGCUUACCACUAACCAAACUGCUGCUAGAAUGUAUAGACGUAUACUGACUUCUGGACACAUUGUCUUGUCCGCAUUGUAACCAUGUUUAAAAUGUACUAAUUUUUCUCAGAUGGCUUCCCUGGCUAUUCACAAAAACUAAUUUCUUGAAAAUGUAUUAGUUCAAUCAAACUUCUGACAAGGUUAUUGUAUGCUUGAAUGAUCAGAGCAAAAGUAAUUUAUGACAAAUUAUAUUACACAGUAAGGGUUACUGUUAUUGCUGUACAUACAUUUACAGUUAAUGAUUUUAUGCACUGUGUGUAUAUAAAGAAAUGAGAGGUAGGAGUUGGAAAGUGUUUCCCUGACACAGUUCCCCAAACAUGCCUAUAUGGGCCUCUCUUUGAACCCAUUGCUUUCUUUCCUAGUCAUGAAACUUAAUUGUGUGUUCCAUGGUGACAUAUGGAGACAGACACACACACAUUCACUCAAUAGCAGCCACGAGAUGACGGUGCUACUGAGGUUUGAGAUAUCUCUCCCAUCUCUCGCUGCAGUCCUCAUGGAGAUGUCAAAUUGCGAAGGGCUAGAACCUUUGCCCUGCUGGGUUCUCAUGUUGCUUCUGGUUGCAGAUUCAUCAGCUCCAUUUGUCCUUGAAAUCACUGCCUGCUGGAGGCCCACCAAGCUGGUCCCAUUUAAGACUGCACAGCAGGUUACUGGUGUGUGUGAUCACACUCUUCUGCUUUAUAUGCUUGCUCAGUGUACCUUUUCUCAUACCCGGACAUUGUUGACACACGUGCAUGAAAGUGCUCUAUUUUUGCACUGUGCAAAGUGUAAAUUGUAUUCCACUCAGCAACUGUGCUGUAUUGCUCUUGCUCAAUUGGUACGUGACAGUGUGUG